AGAGAGAGAGAGAGAGUGUGUGUGUGUGUGUGUGUGAGGGAGCAUGAGUCCGCUGGCUCGGACCGUGCGCUAUCUGCUGCUGCGGCCGCAGACUCUGCUGCUCCUCGGCGGCAGUCUGGCCCUCUGGAGCGUCCUCGAGGUGAAGACCAUCCUGCGCUCCAGCCGCGACGCCGUCAGCAAGAUGAAGGGCCGGGUGGCGGAGAUGAUGCACAGCGAGGGGAUGCUGCAUGAGGAGUUCUCCAAGACGUGGCAGCACAAGAGCAGCACCGCAGCGGUGUACUCCAUCCAGGGCAGGAGGGAUCACAUGGAGGACAGGUUCGACAUCCUCACAGACGCACUCAACCAGAGCCAUACCAACAUCUACGGCAUCUUCGAUGGGCAUGGAGGAGAGACGGCAGCAGAGUAUGCCAAGUCGCAUCUUUCCGUCAUGUUGCGGCAGCAGCUUCAGCGUUACGAGACGCAGAAGGAGAGCAGCACUCUGACCCGCCAGUCCAUCCUCAAACAGCAGAUACUCGACAUGGACAAAGAGAUCCUGGAGAAACUGUCGGCCUCCUAUGAUGAAGCCGGCACCACGUGUCUGGUGGCCCUGCUGUCUGAGAAGGAGCUGACUGUGGCUAAUGUUGGUGAUUCGAGGGCGGUUCUGUGUGAUAAAGACGGUAAUGCUGUCCCGCUGUCACAUGACCACAAACCCUACCAUCUUAAAGAGCGGAAGAGAAUCAAGAAAGCAGGUGGCUUCAUCAGUUUCAGCGGCUCAUGGCGUGUGCAGGGCGUUCUUGCCAUGUCACGUUCACUCGGCGACUACCCGCUGAAGAACCUGAACGUGCUGAUCCCUGACCCCGACGUGCUGACCUUUGACCUGGACAAGCUACAGCCUCGGUUCAUGAUUCUAGCGUCAGAUGGACUCUGGGACGCCUUCAGCAACGAGGAAGCCGUGCAUUUCAUUAAAGAGCGUCUGGAUGAACCGCACUUCGGUGCGAAGAGCAUCGUCCUUCAGGCGUUUUCCCGCGGCUGUCCAGACAACAUCACCGUGAUGGUGGUCAAGUUCAAGAAGAGAGGCUCCAAGGCCGCCGGGGAGUGAAGAAGACUCAGCUCUCACGUGUAAUAAGGGAACGAAAACAUGGUUGAGUGAAUGAGUGACUGGAUGAAUGAAUAACAUUAUGCAUAAGUUUAACAUUAGAUAAAAAUGUUUUUUAUUUUAGGAGAAGCAAUUAUUUGUAUUUAAAUUGAGUAUUACAAAUCUAAGCAAUUACCUCCAUAUUAAAGGAAUAGUUCCCCUAUGGAACAUAAAAAUA